AUGGCGGGCAAGGCGGCGGCGGCUGAGCCCCUGGGGCGGACGGCGGAAGAGGUGGCCUGGGCGGAGGCGCUGCGCGGGGCCUGCGAGCCCGAGCACCACUGGCGGCACCGCCGGGAGUUCCUGCUGCGCAACGUGGGGGCGCCGCCGGCGGCCGGCAGCGCCGAGCUCCAGCGGCUCGUGUCCCUCUCCAUGGUGUGGGCCAACCACGUCUUCCUGGGCUGCCGGUACCCGCCUCAGGUCAUGGGGAAAGCGCUGGAAAUGGCCGAAGGCAUCCAAGUGACCGGCGCGCCUGUCCGCACCACGAGAGAUGAACUGGUUGCCAAGGUGAAGAAAAGAGGCAUAUCAAGUAGCAAUGAAGGGAUAGAGGAGCCCUCCAAAAAACGAGCUGUAGAGAAAAGCAAAGACUCUAAGGAUACUGGAAAGGAUGUGAAAACUACCAAGCCAGAAGGCCCUAAGGAAACAGAGAGCACAUUGCCAAAAAAGCAGGAAAAAGAUACCAGCAAAGAUUCAGAAAGCUCAGAUUCGCUUUGCAGUUCAAACCAGGAAGCGAGUGCAGCAUCAGGCACCGAAGCAGACGGAAUACCUGCUAAUGCUGAAAAUACCACUGAGCAAAAUCCAACUCCGUCUCCAUCUGAAAAGGAGCCAGUGGAGAAGCCUUGCCUAAAUUCACCUAAGGAGAGCAAGUGUGAAAACAUACCGUCACCUGAAAAGAAAACUACAUCAAUUCCAGUGCCGCCGGCUGCCAAGGGCGCCCCGCAGGCAGGAGCGGUGCCGCCGGCUGCCAAGGGCGCCCCGCAGGCAGGAGCGGUGCCGCCGGCUGCCAAGGGCGCCCCGCAGGCAGGAGCGGUGCCGCCGGCUGCCAAGGGCGCCCCGCAGGCAGGAGCGGUGCCGCCGGCUGCCAAGGGCGCCCCGCAGGCAGGAGCGGUGCCGCCGGCUGCCAAGGGCGCCCCGCAGGCAGGAGCGGUGCCGCCGGCUGCCAAGGGCGCCCCGCAGGCAGGAGCUGCAUCUCUGUCUUCCAAAAACCAAGCAAAUGCCUCAUCGGCAUCAUCCAAGAGCGGUGUUCAGGUGGGCACCUCGCUGCUGCUGGCCCCGAAGGGCAGCACUCAGGCGGGUACCUCGCUGCUGCUGGCCCCAAAGGGCGGCACUCAGGCGGGCACCUCGCUGCUGUUAGCCUCCAAAGGCAGUGCUAAGGCGGGCUCCUCGCUCCUGGCUUCCAAAAGCAGUGCUGAGGUGGCUGCCUCGCUGCUGGCUGCUCGAAGUGGUGCUCAGCAAGGUACUUCUCUGCUGGCCUCCAAAAGCAGUGCUCAGGUGGCUGCCUCAUUGCUGGCUGCUCGGAGUGGCACUCAGCAAGGUGCCUCACUGUUGGCCUCCCGGGGUGGUGGUCAGGCAGGUGCUUCACUGCUGGCCUCCAAGGGUGGCAUGCAAGCAGGUUCUCCACAACUUGCCUCCAAGAGUAGCUCGCAGGCAGGUGAGAGUCCUGCUAAAGCUUUGUGCAAACCAUUAACCAGUGAAGAUGCAAAGGAAAGGCAGCCUUUUUUCAACAGACUGUACAAAGCUGUAGCUUGGAAACUGGUUGCUGUUGGAGGUUUCAGUCCUAAUGUAAAUCACGCAGAACUUUUAAACUCAUCUAUUCAGUCUGUAAAAGCUACUUUAGAUGUUGCUUUUGUUCCACUGAAGGAACUUGCAGACUUACCGCAGAAUAAGAGCUCUCUAGAAAAUAUAGUUUGUGAACUGAGAUGCAAGUCUGUCUAUUUGGGUACUGGCUGUGGUAAAAGUAUGGAAAAUGCCAAAGCAGUUGCUUCAAGGGAAGCUUUGAAAUUAUUCCUCAAGAAGAAAGUUAUUGUGAAAAUAUGUAAAAGAAAAUACAAAGGAAGUGAAAUUGAAGAUUUGGUACUUCUGGAUGAAGAAUCAAAACCCUCAAAUUUACCUCCAGCUUUAAGAAAUCCUCGGGAGAUCAUGUAGGCAAGAAUUGCUGUUUGUACUCUGUAUAGUAUUUCAACACAAGAACUGAAGGUUAAUUUUGUACUUUAAAAAUGUAGGCUUCCAGAUAUUUUGUAUUUCUUUCUCAGUUUUGCAAGACAAUUAUAUUCCUUUCACUUGGUAGCAAUUGUAUAAAACUUGUUAGAGAUGACAAGUGCGCAUUUAAAGGUAUGCCUUAAUAUAUAGCACACUAGUGUGCUGUUUAUUUGCAGAAAACUCUACCUAAUUCUUCUAUUUUUAAUUAAACGAUUAAGGUACAAUUUGCUGUUUAAAAACACAAUUUUGUAAUUCUUACAAUUUGAUGGCAGUGUGCUCGAUUGUCUACCAUGUCUUUUUUAGCUGCCUAGAAGUAUGUAUAUAGGGACCAUAAUACUUGAAUGAUUGAAAAGUGUUUGAAAAUUUCAAUCAAAAAGUUGAAUCAUUCAUUUCAGACAUGUUGCUCCUAAUGUUCGCUGUUCCUCUUACUAGGAGAGAAAAUGGUUGACUAUUUCUAUGAGAAGUUGUAACAGUUUAAAAAAUGACACUUGAAUCCCAUUUAACAUUAUACUAGCAAGUUAGAUCCCUUAUAACAUUAUACUAGCAAGUUGUCAAUUAGCAGUCAAGUCACAGUGAUUACAGCCACCAAAACUCUGUAAGCAGAUUUAACUUAUUUUGUGAAAUAUCAUUUACAGUUUGUUUUUUUCAAAUAAACAUGAAUUUCUAUAUUAAGCA